GAUCGAAGACUGGUUGGGCGGCGCGGCGCGGAAAGCUGCCGCGCGGCUAGUCGGCGCCGGUGUGGGCUAGUACAUCCGGAAUAAUGGGGGCAGACUUUUUUACGCGCCGCUUCGGCGCCGGUGUGUUUAGGCCUUGAUACAGCUACGCUGUAAGAGAUCGACUUUGCAACUCGUCCGAGGAUUGAGGAACACGCCAUAAGUGCUGCAAGCCAGGAAACUACGUCACGUUCUCGAGACCGGUCAGACGUACGGGCGUACCAUACAAAUCGAUAGCAUAACUGGCAGGAGGCGCUAAUGGCCUUCCGAUGUAUGAUAGGAGAGCGAAGAAGAAGAGGCUCCACCCGUUUUGUCAAGGUUUUGUCAUUUCCGGGAACCCCCGCCUCACGUGCUUCUUUAGAUCCAAUUCAUAUUUUAUCUUCAGUAAGCAUUUUGGAAGUAUAAUAGCAAAGGGUUAGAGGAUAUCUGUGUGAUUGGAUUUGCUCGAAUUCUAUUUCAACCCAAUCAAAUCCCCCAAAGAAGACAUGGAGGAGGAUAUUUUAGGCAGUCCAGAGGAGCUUCUGGCAAAGCAACACCGCAGGGAAAAGAAAGACUUGCAAGCGACAAUCCAAAGCAUGAAGAAUACGGUCCCCAAGAACGACAAAAAGAGACGCAAACAUCUGACAGAAGACAUCUGCAGACUAGAAGCUGAACUCAACUUGAAGCAAGAGGAGGAAAUCAGUCAGCUCAAAGCUACGCAAGUGGUGGAAGAGGCAGUAAAGGUGGAGGAGGUGGUGAAUGGCGUGGAGAGCCUCGGGUUGGAUGGUGACCAGGAGAAAGCCGACGAGAAGCUGCCUCGUCCCACCAAGGCUCAGAAGAGAAGGGAUAAGAAGGCUGCUCAGGAGAAGGAGCGAGAGAGCCGGAUAGCCGAGGCGGAGGUGGAUAACCUGCUGGGGGCCCGUCACCAGGAGGGCUUGAAGCUGGCCCAGAAGCUCUCCGAGCGCCAGCUGCAGAUCAAGGAGAUUGCGUCCGACGGACACUGCCUGUACCGCGCAAUAGAGGACCAGCUAGCCCGCCGCGCGUUGCCAGGCUUAACCAUGAGCCUAAAAGGACUAAGAUCGUGCACCGCUGAGCACAUGAGAGGUCAUACUGACGACUUCAUCCCAUUCCUCACCCACCCCAACACGGGUGACAUGUACAGUGCAGAGGAUUUUGAGAAGUACUGCAAUGAAGUUGAUCACACUGCAGCUUGGGGCGGACAGCUGGAGCUGCGAGCACUUACUGAAGUCCUUAAGCUUCCCAUAGAAGUGAUCCAGGCGGAUGCGUUGGAUAUAAAAAUAGGAGAGGAGUACGACAGUCCCCCUAUCACGCUUGUCUACAUGCGUCACGCUUACGGCCUGGGAGAGCACUACAACUCUGUGGAACGUCUAAAGGAGCCUGCCACCGAAGAAGAUAGCUGAGCUACUAAUAUAUGAGUGCUUCAAAAGUUACUGCUGUGACACUUUUGGAAGCAUGGCAUCUCAUGGGAAACACAGUGUCUUAAUGAGGCUUAGUGUGCUGCAUUAGGAGAACAAAAGUGUAUCUGCUUGCUUGGUAUAAAGGGAACAGUGUGAGUAGUUAACUUUCCCAGGUUGUAUCAAAUGAGUGUGACUGAAUCUAGCUGAGGCUUAAGAUUAAACAUUCAGUGGAUUUUUUGUGAA